AUGCCGGUGCAGGGGACUAUAGGUGGGUCAUCUUCUGGCACAACAAGCAACAACACGGUCAUUACUGGUAUGCGGGCUAGGGUUUCUACUUCGUGCCCGUCGUUGGUGUUUCGGACUCCAGUCCCUGGUCCGGUCGGUGAGCCCUCGUUAGGUGCCUUGUUUCCAAAGAAAAAAUGGCAUAUGGUGGUGCGUGACCUCCAAGAAACAGCUGGAACUCCGGAGCGACUUACUGGCAAACGUCGAGGUCGGGAUGAUGGCUUGAUUAUAUCCCCUAAGAAGCUGAAAUUGAGUUUUGCUGUGGGAAAGAGAAACCUCAUUUUGGAUUCUGAAAAUCUUGGUUUGGACCCGGUAUUGCAGGUAGAGAAUACUUCUGGUAGUAUGAAGAGAAAGAGAGGGUGCCCUAUUAGCAUGGGCUGCACUCCCACCAAAAACAAUACCGAGACUGAAGGUGAUUCUAUUAUUGAUUCUGAGACUGAAGUGCUUCUCCGCCUUCAAACCAGCUUAGAUGCUUUGGAUGAAAAAAAAGCUUUCAUCAAAGAAUGUUUUUUAGACCUUGGUUCAUUUCCCCAAGACCAAAGAAUUCCCGCAGCUGCUCUGAUUGAUAUGUGGACAGAGUUAUAUGAAGAUCUCGAUAAAGAUUUUCUGGCCAUUACAAACGUGUAUGAGCUUACCACCCGAAGUUUGGCUGAUCUUGUAGUCACAAGGAAGGAGACAGUGGAGGAUGAUGACUACUACAGUGAACACUUUGUCACCCAACAUGAUUUGCUCAGACAGCUCGCUGUCUACCAAGCGAAACUAGACCCAAGUAAAAAACGACUGAUCAUAGGCAACCGUGGAGACAAUCUACCUAAGUGCUUGACUGAACAGAAGCAUCAACCAAUUAAACCUCGCCUGUUAUCCAUCUCCUCUGAUGAAACGUUCUCGACAAACUUACACAACAUUCAACUAGCUGAUGUUGAGGUUCUAGUUUUGAAUUUCAACACAAAGAGUUAUGCUUUACCUGAAUUUGUGGAGAAAAUGGUUAAUCUGAAGGUUCUAAGAGUCACAAAUCAUGGUUUCAUACCUGCUGAAUUGAUAUCGGUGAAGCUUUCAGUAAUUGCUCCUUUCAAAUUUCAAAUGCAUUGCCAAAUUUAGAGGAACUGAAUAUUGACUAUUGCAAUGAUUUGGUGAAAUUGCCUGAUGAGCUCUGCAAUCUGGUUCGCCUAAAGAAGCUCAGUAUCACCAACUGUCAUAAGCUAUCUGCCUUGCCUCGAGAGAUUGGAAAACUGGAGAAGGUAGAAGUGUUGCGGCUAAGGUCUUGUACAGACUUGGUAAAACUUCCAUGCUCAGUUAAAGACCUAAAGAGAUUAGAUUUUCUUGACAUAUCUGAUUGCUUCAGCAUUGUGGAGUUCCCUGAAGACUUUGGUGGAAUGAGCAGUUUAAAAAAGAUCAACAUGAGAAAGUGUUCAAGAUUGCAAGAGCUGCCUUCAUCAGUUUUGGAUCUUGAGCAGUUACGGGAAGUGGUAUGUGAUGAAGACACAGGUGAUUUAUGGGAACUCUUCUUACCCAAUCUCAGAAACCUCCAUGUAAAGCUGGUCAAAGAAAAUCUCAACCUGAAUUGGCUACAUAACCUUCAAAAAAUUUU